AUGCUAGGCCCCAUUGUAUUCACAGGCUCAGCUGUUGCAGCCCUUGUCUACAUCUUCAUCCUCCCUGUGAUCCUCUACUUCUACGACCCCAAAGGCCUCCGCAAAUACGCCAACUACUCCUCUCUUUCUGGCCUCACGGACCUCCGCCAUUGUUACCUCAGCGCCUGCGGCUACCGCUCCAAGGCCCUCUAUGAAGCACACAAGGAGACAAAAACACCUAUACUCCGCACAGGACCUAAUACUCUCUCGUUUGGGGACAUCCGCGCUAUUCAUGAUAUCUACGGACACGGCACGAAAUGCAUUAAGGACCUCAGCUAUACCCUUCAGGGUGGUUCGCAUACACAUUUGUUCGACGUAGUGGAUAAGGUGGACCAUUCACGCAAGCGAAAGAGAUUUGCUGCAGCGUUUGCGAUUAAGAACCUAGAACGCUGGGAGUUCAAGGUCGCUGAGACGACGCAGCGGUUGUUGAAUGGGAUGGAUGCGCAUUGUACGAAGCCGCUGAAGCGGGGGCAAAUCAUUUCGGAGCCCGAGGAUGUGAACUUUGAUUUCGGAGAGUGGGUCUAUUUCUUCACGAUUGAAGCGAUUAAUAACAUUGCGUUGUCAUCGAAGAUGGAUCUCAUGGAUAAGGGGUCGGAUGUUGUCACGGCGCAGAAGAAGGAUGGCACGCUGUAUAAAGCGCGAUACCGCGAGGCGCAAAAUAAUAUGGCGCUUGCGGGGUCGGUGUUUGUGUGGGAUUACAAGCACUUUCCUUUGAUUUCGAAGCUUUCAAAAUUAAGUCCCAAGUGGCGUGAUGUAUGGAAAAAGGGAGAGCCCUGGGGUGAUAUCGUAUACCACCAAGCCGCCACGCGACUGCAGCGGUACAUGGCUGGUGAGAAACUGGACGAUUUCUUUGGAUCUUUGAUGGAGGAUAAACAGGGGAACCCUAAUAACCUCGAAUGGGGUGAAAUUGUCGCAGAAGUCGGCGCCAUCAUCAACGCCGGCGCCGAUACCACCUCCAUUGCCUUGACGAACGUCCUGGAACUCCUCCUCCACAAUCCACAACACCUGCACACGCUACGGCAAGAGAUUGAUAAGGCCCUCGACGAAGAUGAGGUCCUCGCCCCAUAUGACAAAGUUAAGAACCUCCCCUUUCUCCGCGCCUGUCUCGAUGAGGGCCUCCGCAUUUCCCCUCCCACAUCGGCCGGCUUACCCCGACGCACACCACCGGAGGGCGCCCAGAUUCUAGGUCAAUGGAUUCCAGGCAACACGAGUGUCUCAAUGACCAUCUACGCAACACACAGGGAUCCUGAAAUAUUCCCAGACCCUGAAGAGUAUAGACCAGAGAGGUGGAUGGAUCCAGAGGCGAGAAAGCGGAUGGAGCCGUAUUUCAUCCCAUUUUCUGCGGGGGCUCGUGCCUGUUUGGGUAGGAAUAUUACUUACCUGGAGCAAAUGGUUUUGCUGGCUUCGAUUGUGCAUCGAUAUGAGUUUGCAUUAAAGUCGCCGGGCUUUAAGCUUAUUCGGAGGGAAGCGGCUAACUUACUUGUCGGGGAGUUGCCAAUUAAGAUCUGGAGAAGGGAGAUGGAGCCAGAGGUAUAA